AUGGCUAGAGGUGCAACCCAAGGUUUGAAAACCUUUGCUUACGGAAAUUUUGAAUGCGGUAUCAAGCAACGACCCGUCACGAGUAUGUUCGAAACAUCAUCAGCCAGCAUCGCAGCUCGACUCCUCGCAAUUGUUAGUCUUUCGGUGCACAUUUUCUCUCCUGGCUCUAUCGCGUCCGAAAUGACUAAAAGCAUGACUGGAGUUACGGGAAUAGCUCAGUGCGAUGCCCUUAUCGCGGCCGGGCUUGGGGAGCAGAUGCUCCUCCCAGGUGACGCGGAAUACGAACAUAGGAUCAACUCGUGGUGGUCUGCAAGUUCACGGCUAAGGCCAUGGUGUAUUGUCCAACCUCUCACCACAAAAGAUGUUUCUGCAGCCAUCAAAGCUUUAGCUUCUGUCAGCCACGGUGGUUUCGCCGUGCGCAGCGGCGGCCACAGUCAUUGGGCUGGCGGUAGCAGCAUUGACAACGGCGUUACCGUUGAUCUUGGACAUUUCAAUAAGUCUACUUACGAUUCUGAGAGGAAGGUUGCGUCUCUCGGCCCGGCCCAGCGAUGGGGAGACGUCUUCCUCUUUCUCGAGAACAAGGGCGUCAUGGUAGCCGGUGGCCGUGAUGGCAAUGUCGGAGUUGGUGGGCUCCUCACUGGUGGCGGCAACUUCUUCAGCCAGAGUUCCUUUACGGGUUCUCUUUUUCUCCUUGUGAAUAAUCGCUUCAUCCAAGUCGCACUCGACCUUGUUCGUGCACUCGUACCGUUACACAACUCAUACUACACAGGUCGGCGCGGCUUCGUUUGUGACGGCUUGAUAAAUGCCGAGGUUGUACUCGCCAGUGGCGAGAUAGUCAAUACCAAUUCCCAAUGCAACAAAGAUCUCUGGAAGGCAUUGAAGGGUGGCCUUGGAAACUUUGGCAUCGUUACCCGUUUCGACGUAGAGGCUUUCGAAGCUGGCCAACUCUGGGGUGGUAUUCGUGCGUCGGAAAAAACUCAUGCAGACCUGGUUAUUGAAGCGUUGAUCAAGUUCACAGAUGACAACCACAAGAACCCCGAGGCGGCAUUCAUUGUCAACUUCACUUUUCAGCCUAGCAUGGCGCCGGACAUUAUCAUCGCCCAGGUUCUGGUGGACACACAUGGCGUGGCUAAUCCCCCGGCUUUUGAGCAAGUUCAAAAGAUACCGGAGCUGUUCAACGACAUCAAAAAGCGACCUAUGAGUGGUAUCGCCAAUGAUUACCUUCUCCCAUCAAACUUGAGAAAUGUUUGGUUCACCCUGUCCUUCAAGAACGACGUGCGCGUUGUCAAGAAAUCCGCUGAACUCCACGAAGCGUUUGUCGCCGACAUGCUCGAACUCGUCCCUGCCACCGACCUCGUAACGCAGUCUCUUUGGCAACCUCUGCCAAAGAUCUUCGCCGACAUUGGCUCUAACAAAGGAGGCAACAUGCUUGGUAUAGAUCAGGUGGAGGGUAAUUCUCUCCUUUGGUUGUGCGCUGCGUCCGUCAAAACUCCCGAGCAUGAGUCAAUUCUGCACAGAAAAGCUGCAGCCAUGACUGCCGAGUUGAGACGCUUCGCAGAAUCGAUCGAUGCCAAUAUGCCCUGGAUAUACGUCAACUAUGCAGAUCCCAGCCAAGACGCGCUCAAGAGCUACGGCGUGAAGAAUGUCAGAUUCAUGCAAGACGUGGCUGCAAAGUAUGAUCCGCAUGGCGUUUUUCAGAAGAUGGUUCCCGGAUCGUUUCGGGUUUCCAGGAUUUAG